CAUCUACCAUCGUCUAUCGGUCGAGUCCAAGGAUUCAAAGACCCCCCGGGUGAUUUCAGUCGGCCGCCGGCCGGCUCUGCCGGCCACUACCGCGCCACGUGUCUUCUUUGCCGCCUUACCAACCACCCCGAAAAAAACAAGAACUCUUCGAUGAAUACCUGAAGUGCGCGAGUGAAUUAUGUGCUUCGAAGACAUUGGGUCUUGAGGACACUCCCCGUCUUCAAGAUAGUUCGGCUAAGGAGUUUAGUGUCUGUGAUUUUUAUAUUCAGUGAGUUCCGGUAAAAGGAAUUUAAUGAACUUGAGUGAUGAGGGACAUUCUCUAGUGCAUCUGAUGACAAUCUAUUUUUAAGUGUUUUUUUAAUCUUUCUUGGAUAACUGAGGAAUAACAAGCAAUCAUCUAUUAGCAAGUUUCCGACUGACCAUAAACUGACCCAAACUGUUCUUCCUUUUGUGAUAGCAUUAGGGGAUCUUUUCUUAUCUGAUCACCCAUCCGUCGGAAUAAAACCGUGAUUCUGAUAUUGAAGGGGAUACCCGAGCAGGAACCGAAUCUCACAGCACAGGGUGAGAUGCCCACGACCGAAUAAAGUGCCCCAAAGUGUGGACCAACGAGAUAUACGAAGGGGGAGGAUGUUGGACGAGACCCUGGGAUAAGAUCGGCUCCACCAUUCUGCUUAGCCGGAGCCUGAAGUACUUCGACGGUGUCGAGGUCCCCGAAAUGAGCGCUGGUAGUGGCGGCGGAAGUGGUGGCGGCAGCCAGGGUAGCAACAAUGCUUCCUAUCAUCAGCAUCAACAACAACAACAACAACAACAGCAGAAUCAACUCGAACAGGCAGGACUCCUGCCGGACUUAAACGGAGUUGAUCUGGCGAUGAGCCUGUCCCCCAAACAUCAUCCAUCUCACGUACAACCUGGUGUUCACACGACUCCUUUCAGUGUUUCGGACAUUCUUUCGCCAAUCGAGGAGUCGUAUCGCAAGUUGGAGCUUGCGGCCGCGGCAGCUGCUGUCGGCGUUGGGGUCGGCGUCGUGUCCCAUCCCCAAGGAUCCCCCUAUACGAAUGCUUGUGGUGCUCGGGUCGGUGGUAAUACAGGGAGUUCGAGCGCAAGCAGUGGUAGUCCGCCUCUUCACGGGGGCUCAACGCCCGGAGGAAGUACACCGGGGCCCGUAACGGGCACGAACGGUGGGGUUGGUGGGGGAGUGGGUAGUGGUGGUGCCGGUGGUGGAAUGAGUGCUAUGGGCAAUCCUUAUGCGACGAUGCAGCUAACGUCACAAUAUCAAUACUGUUCGGAAUUGUCGCCGUAUCAUCAUGCUGGGCCUGGUGUUGGCAGCGGUGGUGGCGGGGGAGACCCCAUGCGGUCGCAUGGAGUGUCCUCGCAUCAUCAUCCCUGGUAUGCCCCCGCGCCACCUCCGACUAAUGAUGCCCGGUUUGCCAUCUCACGGCUCAUGGGCGCCGCGGCGGGCGCCGGUUCCAAUAUGGCCGGUUGUUCCGUGGGUCAGUCGAUGGGCGACGUGACAAAAUCCUCAGGAAUGGGCGUCGGAGUUGGCGUCGGCAUGGGCGUCGGUGCCAUGCAGUUUCCUCUCGCCCAGAGACGGAAGCGACGAGUCCUCUUCACCCAGGCCCAGGUCUACGAGUUGGAGAGGCGGUUCAAGCAACAAAAAUACCUCAGCGCACCCGAAAGGGAACACCUAGCUUCUCUCAUACACCUUACACCUACCCAGGUGAAAAUUUGGUUUCAAAAUCACCGGUACAAAUGUAAGCGACAAGCGAAAGAAAAAGCCAUGGCCGAGCAGAACGCACAGAACCAGAGUUCGAGUUCUCCACGGCGAGUGGCGGUACCAGUCCUGGUGAAGGACGGUAAACCGUGUGGAAGUGGCGGUGGUGGGGGCAAUGAGGGCAGUAGGGGUGGGCCCUCGGCUGCCCUGGCGAGUCCCGCGCCCCACAUGACGACGGCAUCGAGUCCCCAUGGGUCCCAUCACUCGGCCGCCGUCUCCCACCACUCGGUAGUCGGGGUCAGUCACGUGAUGACCCCAAGUCAGAGUCUGCAACAUUGUUCGUAUUCGAGAUCGGCGGUCCAACAAAGUAUGCAGCAACAGCAGCAACCUCAGUGCGGCGCGUACCUACCCCUCCAGGGUCGGGCCUGGUAGUGCGCGCCCUCCGCGGCGGGGGCGGCGGCCUACGCCAACCCCUCCGUCGCUGGCCCUUGGGCCCUCGCCGCGGAUCCCACCGCCUGGUACACUAUACCCGAAGACAGUCCGUGAAAUUGCGCCUUUUAUUGUACAGAUUAAGGUAGUUGUAGGCAUGAAAACUAAAUUCGAAAACCCAAUACGUUUUAGUUCUACUUUUUGGGUAUUAGAUCAAAAACUUUUUGUGCGCCUAAAUACUUUUUAUACAUACAAUACUAUUUAUGAGUCCUAAUACUUUCUAUGGAAACAAUAGUA